AUGUGUUGUGAACAGCAAACACCAUUGAAAAUGCUGGCCCGUGCGCUUUUGCCUGAUGGUAUCACUGGCAAUUUGUUGGGAUAUGGAGGAAAUUGGAAUGUGGCUGCUUCAGUGGCCGAGGUGCUUCUGCCCCGGCUGGCUUCGGGGAGCUUGGAGUUGCAUGCAGGAGCCAAGGCGCCGGCGCCCGAAGCCUUGCGCCGCCGCCUCGCACAGCGUGUGUCGUGCGGCUCGAAGCCCGAUGCCGUGCGUCUGAGACGGCCGCAGAGGAGGCAUUUGGGUAGUGUGAUGGAUAGCCUUGCGGAGGAGAAGGUCUGGGCUGCUGCAGUGAUGGACCUCUCUGGUUUGGCUCUACCCCCUCAUGCGAUGGAAUUCCUCAAGUCCGCCAGCGGCGAGGUGCUUUGUGAGAUUUUUCGCCGCCACGGAGAACAGCAGGAUGACUUGCUAUGGGCACGCUAUGCUGAGGUGGUCGCACGCUUGAGCCGAAGUCUGCAGGAGAAAGCGGAGAUCCCUGGCCUGUUUCGCUCGGCCACAGCUGUGCUGGACGACCCGGCGGGCCCCGCGCCGGACGCGGCCAUGUCAGCGCUGCGGACGCACCUGCGCGAGGAGCCAAUAGCUCUUCAGCGCUGCCUCUCCAAACUCUUUGAACGCCUGGAGACCGGCGGGCGCCUGGCGCUACUGCUGGACCGUCGAGACUUCGCAGUGGAGGUGAGAAGCUUUCUCCGGCAGCAGGAGGAAGUUGACGAGUCGCUGGUGCGAGAUUGGCGACCCCACAAGGUGCCUCAACUUUUUCCCUCGAAUGGGCAGCCGUGGGCAGUGCGCGAGAUCAGCGAGGCAGCGCAUCUGAGGCCGCUGGCCACCUCUCUGGCGGUCAAGGAGGCACGGGGAUUCAGUGCCAUUCUGGUGGACGGUCACGGUGACCCCCAAAGGGUCAACCUACCAUUGCUUGAAGGAGCUUAG